CACGCGUCGCAGUAGGGUUGUAACGGAAGCAGCACGGCAGCGCUCACAGCCUGGCUGUCUGACUGACACUGAAUGAGAACGCACUGAUUUCGACUCCAAAAAUGCUGAAAUUUCUACCUAAACUGAUGCUGCUAGCGCUGUUAGCUUUCCCGGCGACCAUCCUUAUCAAAGGGCCGGUGGUGAGUGCGCAGGAUCUGACUGAGGAUGAGGAGGCUGAGGCUGUUGAUGAAGAUGUUGUGGAUGAUGUGACGGCUGAGGACGAGGAUGACGAGGCGGAAGUGGAAGAUGAUGAGAAUGCAGAACUGACGGAAGAAAAAGAAGAUGAAGAGGAAGAAGCGUUGGUUGGAGAGGUGAAAGCUUCCCCCAAUGCUGACACCACCAUCUUGUUUGUUAAAGGAGAAGACUUCCCCGCCAACAACAUUGUCAAAUUCCUGCUCGGCUUCAGCAACAAGGGAUCAGAGAACUUCAUUGUAGAGUCCCUGGACGCUUCUUUCCGUUACCCACAGGAUUAUCAAUUCUACAUCCAGAACUUCACAGCUCUCCAGCUCGGCAUCGUGGUUCCCCCCAGCAGACAGGCUACCUUUGAGUACUCGUUCAUCCCCGCAGAGCCAAUGGGAGGGCGGCCGUUCGGACUCGUCAUCAACCUCAAUUACAAGGACAGCAAUGGAAACAUUUUCCAGGAUGCAGUGUUCAACCAGACGGUCACCAUCACAGAGAGAGAGGAUGGCCUAGAUGGAGAGACAAUCUUCAUGUACGUCUUCCUGUCAGGCCUCGGGCUGCUGGUCAUCGUAGGCCUUCACCAGCUGCUGGAGUCCAGAAAGAGGAGGCGUCCAGCUCCCAAAGUGGAAAUGGGAACUUCGAGCCACAAUGACGUCGACUUGAGCUGGAUCCCUCAGGAAACGCUCAACCAGAUCAUGCAGAGUCGCAGAGACAAAGCGUCUCCCAAAAGAUCUCCUCGCAAAAGAAGCCAGAAACGCUCGGCUGGCUCGGACGAGUGACGGGUGCCUUACACCACGGCGACAAAUCUUCACCCACCCGUCUACGUAGGAGGAGGAGGAGGGCUGUGAGCGCCACGCUGAGCGUACUCUGCCCUCUCUACUGAGAAACUUUAACCAGUGCCAAGCACAGCGAUGGCUGGCUCUCUACUUUCAGCUUAAAAACUGUUGAACACACACACACACACACACACACACACACACACACAGUCCGUUUUGUUUAACAAGUAACGAGUUCUCUGCAGCCGUCACAUGAGGAAGAAAAGUGAGAAGGAUCACACAGGUGUGUUGGGUUUAAAGGCACGUGAGGACAUUUUUCUCUAGAGGUUGUUGCUGUUCUUUCAGAUUUACAUUUGUUGAAGCCUUAGUGAGAUAACUGCUGAUGUGAUCAUUGUGAGACCGUUUUGAUUGUUUUGUUCAUUACCUACCACUCUAGUGUAGGGCUGGAACUAAAUGUGGAUUCAUCAAUUAGUUGACUAGCUAAAGUUAUUAGUUGACAAAUUGUUAAAGUCAAGAAAAGUACCCCAAAGUUCUGGUUCCAGUCACUAAAAUUUCCUUCUUUGUCACUUAUUUUCUACAUUUUAGUUCAAAUGUGACCCAACGAGUAUUUUACAGAUGACAGGAUGAUGGAAAUAGUUGUUAGUUGCAGCCCUACUCUGGUGACAAAUGCAGUUAAUGUUUUGGAUUUUUUUUAAUCUAUUUUGUAGAUUCUGUCUGCAUAUUUUAGACUUUGUAGAGCUCUCUUCUAGCAGCUCUGUUGCCCCUUUCCUGCUUUGCUUUGCUCAUGUUACUGCACAGAUCCUAAAGGAAAGUCUGAUCCUGGUGUCGCUCUUUCACCACACCACCAAUGCUCCGUCUCAAAAAGUCUGCAAGGACUCUGUGCCGUCCGCCUGUUGAAAUUUAGAGACCCCACCAGACCUUUUGAGCCCCUUGUGCAAGAACGAGAACAGCAUGAGGCAACAUCCCAUAUUUCCUAAUGUUCACUUAAAUGGGAGACAUGAAUUAGACAUGGAAGGAGCUUGGAAGAACAUACACCCAGCAGCAAUCACUGUGUGUAGUUUCUUAUGUUUGGAUGGCAUGACAACAUUGUUCUUGUUUCGCUGCGAUGUUUCAAAGAGCGUUUGAGCUCUGUGGUCUAAAGCUGCCUACAAACAUGGCGAUUAAUACGCACAAUAGGUCUCAUUGAAGUGGUUGAAGUUGUGUAAAAACUGUUGCUGAUCUACUGUCAACAGAAAAUAGACAUUUCCUUGUUCCACGUUUGAGAUUUUGUGAUUGUUUUGCAUUUGAACGUCACAUUUAGGAAGGAGAGGCACAGAAGAAAUGAUUAACUGAUUAGGAAAAACUCUUUGAUGCAAAAAUUUGCUGGUUCUGACAUCUUAAAUGUAAAUCUUUGCUGGUUUUAUUAGACUCCUGUGAUGGUCUUUGGGUUUUUGACUGUUAAAUGGAAAACACAAGCAAGUUAAAGACAUUAAUUUAGGCUCUGGGUAACUGAUGGGCUUUUUCUUUUUUCUGACAACAAUUAAAAAGAAAAAAUGGGCAGAUUAAUAGAUGAUUUGAACUAGGAGCUAACAUAACAUAAGCAAGUUGAUCAUUUGGUUCCUCAUCAGAUCUGUGGACAGGAAAUAAGUGAAGAGGACAAGUCAGCAGAGUUGAGCUAUACCUGCUCUUUAACCCCAACACCCUAAGUUUAAACCCCGACAGGAUGAGGGGGUAGAGAGGUCUCAUCAUGUGAAAAAACAUCAUUGAAUGUCACCUAACAGGCCAGGUUAUCAUGAAUGAACAAGAUGUUUUAGUUUCUCUUGUUAAACAGCAACAAGAAUUGAAAUCUUUAAAUCCUCAACGUGUGCCUGUUUUCUACUUUUCUGUCUGUAAAUGUGUUUACUUCUGGCUUUUCUCCACAAGCAGCUUGUUCAAAAUCAGAACAGUAACUUAACAGAUAGUGGGUCUUUUUGUUUUUCUUUUGAAUUGUAAAAAAAAAAAAAAUACUGAACUGGCUAAAGCACUGGUGUAAAUACUGGCUGAUGGAUGAUGAUGAUGAUGACGUGAGAGCAAAAAUUACUGAGCUAAUUUAUUUGAAUGACAGAUUGGGGUGAAAUGGGGGGUUUGUGCACUGUGUUUUUUGUUUGUUGUGGGGGGUUUUCUUUACCACUAGGGGAUGACUCUAUGGAAGCCCAUUUUAGCUUGAAAGUCAUUAUGACAAACUUUAGUGAAAUAAUGACUUCCUUAUUUCAAAGUAAUUACUUGGUAUCUCAAAGCAAUGACAUAGUAACUUAAAAUUAAUGAGAAACUUUUUCAAAAUAAUUACAUAGCACUUUGAAAGAAACUCUCAAAAUAUUGACUUCGUAUCUAAAAAAAAAAUAAUAUCAGAAAUGAGACACUGUCAAAAUAAUAACUUAGUAUUUCAAAUUAAUGACAAACUCAGAAUAUUGACUUCAUAUGUCAAAAUAGGCCCAAGUCAGAAUUAGAAAUUAAGAAAGUUUCUUAUUUUGAGAUACUUUGUCAUUCUUUCAAGAUAUGAGUCAUUAUUUUGAGAAAGUUUCUCAUUCAAACUAAAAGGAUUUUUUUCAUUACAUCGGCAGAAAUGGGCUUACAUACGACACUUACUGUACAGGUCUUGGACUUGGUUUAAAGUUCCUUUGCUGCAGCGUUUGGUCAUUUAAAGCUUUGUGGCUUUGUGAGUAACUGACCUCAGAGUUUGGAUCUGAACUGUAGCUGCAUGUUGGACUCUUAAAUGUACUGCAGAUAAUCCAAGCAGGCAGUAUAAACAGAAAACACAUGAUCCAAGCGUGAGUACACAGCUGAGGUUUGUUGAUACCACUUGUUCACCCACAGAGAACUGAGCUGAUGUUUAGUUUUUUUGUUUGUUUGUUUGUUUUCUAAAAUAACGGGACUGUCAUUCAUAGAUUCGAGCUUUUACUUUCAUUUGCUUUUAAAUGUGCAGGAAAUAAACUUUGAUGAUUUGCUGUA